GGGGGAAACGGAGAAGGAGACGAGGCGGCGGGCGGAGGAGGCAGGGGAGGCUGCGGCAACGGAAAAGUGGCAGAGCCGGUUUGGCUUCAGAGUGUGGUCAAGGGGACUUUUCAUGGUGCAUGGAAGGAAAGCCAAUGCGCAGGUGUACCAGCAUUCGACCAGGAGAGACUGGAAUGGAUGUGACAAGCCGCUGCACCCUUGGAGACCCCAACAAACUGCCAGAAGGGGUUCCCCAGCCUGCCCGCAUGCCCUAUAUCUCAGACAAGCACCCUCGACAGACCUUGGAAGUGAUUAACCUCCUGAGGAAGCACCGGGAGCUGUGCGACGUGGUGCUGGUGGUGGGCGCCAAGAAGAUCUAUGCCCACCGAGUCAUUCUGUCAGCCUGCAGCCCCUACUUCCGAGCAAUGUUCACGGGAGAGCUGGCAGAGAGCCGGCAGACGGAGGUGGUGAUCCGAGACAUAGACGAGAGGGCCAUGGAGCUGCUGAUCGACUUCGCCUACACCUCCCAGAUAACCGUGGAGGAGGGCAACGUUCAGACCCUCCUCCCCGCUGCGUGCCUCCUCCAGCUGGCAGAAAUCCAGGAGGCCUGCUGCGAGUUCUUAAAGAGACAGCUAGACCCUUCUAACUGCCUGGGUAUCCGGGCUUUUGCGGACACGCAUUCAUGCCGCGAGUUGCUGCGGAUAGCAGACAAGUUCACUCAACAUAACUUUCAGGAGGUGAUGGAAAGUGAAGAGUUCAUGUUGCUCCCAGCCAAUCAACUCAUUGACAUAAUAUCCAGCGAUGAGCUAAACGUUCGCAGUGAAGAGCAGGUGUUCAACGCGGUGAUGGCCUGGGUCAAAUACAGCAUCCAAGAAAGACGCCCUCAGCUACCCCAGGUGCUGCAGCACGUCCGUCUGCCUCUGCUCAGUCCCAAGUUCCUGGUGGGCACCGUGGGCUCGGACCCCCUGAUCAAGAGUGAUGAAGAAUGCAGAGACCUGGUGGACGAGGCGAAAAACUAUCUCCUGCUGCCCCAAGAACGACCACUGAUGCAAGGACCAAGGACACGACCGCGGAAGCCUAUCCGGUGCGGAGAGGUGCUGUUUGCAGUCGGUGGUUGGUGCAGUGGAGAUGCCAUUUCCAGCGUAGAACGCUAUGACCCGCAGACCAACGAGUGGCGAAUGGUGGCUUCCAUGAGCAAACGGCGGUGUGGGGUCGGGGUCAGUGUUCUCGACGACCUGUUGUACGCAGUCGGCGGCCACGACGGAUCCUCCUAUCUCAAUAGUGUUGAAAGGUAUGACCCCAAAACCAACCAGUGGAGCAGCGACGUGGCUCCUACGAGCACCUGCAGGACGAGCGUGGGUGUGGCGGUGCUCGGAGGCUUUCUCUAUGCCGUCGGAGGCCAGGACGGCGUGUCUUGCCUCAACAUUGUUGAGAGGUACGACCCAAAGGAGAACAAGUGGACCCGAGUGGCCUCUAUGAGCACCAGAAGGCUGGGCGUGGCCGUGGCCGUGUUAGGAGGCUUUUUAUAUGCCGUGGGGGGCUCUGAUGGGACAUCUCCACUCAACACAGUGGAGCGCUACAACCCGCAGGAGAACAGGUGGCACACCAUCGCGCCCAUGGGGACCCGGAGGAAACACCUCGGCUGUGCGGUGUAUCAGGACAUGAUCUAUGCCGUAGGGGGCAGAGACGACACUACAGAGCUCAGCAGUGCCGAGAGGUACAACCCCAGGACUAACCAGUGGUCUCCGGUGGUGGCCAUGACAUCCCGCCGCAGCGGAGUGGGCCUGGCCGUGGUGAACGGACAGCUCAUGGCUGUAGGAGGUUUUGACGGAACCACGUACUUAAAGACCAUUGAAGUUUUCGACCCUGAUGCCAAUACGUGGAGGCUGUACGGCGGGAUGAACUACCGUCGGCUGGGGGGCGGUGUGGGAGUGAUUAAAAUGACGCACUGUGAGUCCCACAUCUGGUGAACGCCCAGAAGACGUGGUGUGGGUGCCCCGCUGCCUUCCGGAGCACUUUGACUUUGGAGCUUUCUGCAGCUCGAGAAAACGCUAGAACAAAUUUUAUUCUUUGCCGGUGCCUCAACCUAUGGAAAUACAAAUAUCACCACCGUGAAAGUACUUCACCCGUAGGAUGCCAUUUUUGCACAGUAAUUUUCAGUCCUGUGCACAGCAUUUAUUUUUGGUUUUAAAUUUCCAUGGAUUUUUUUUUUUUAGUUUUCCUCCUAACCAAAAAAGAAAAAAAUAUCCAAGCACUAAAAUAUUAUUUUAAGAUACUAAGUUUGAAAAUGCUAGUAAGGGAGGAGCUACACGUGACCCAGCUGUUAACUCUAAGCACUCCGUGCCGUGAUUCCUCGUGACUCCACCCACUCCCGACCAGGACUGCAGUGACAGAGGUCACAUGCGCAGUGUGGAAGUCAGCCAUCGUUCUUGCACUAAGCACCAGAAGACUUGAAAAUCUUUUUUAAAAUGAAGCAUCUCAUUUUAACUAGUACAACUCAAAAGAAAUACCGUUAUUUUUCAGACUAUAAGACACACUCCCCAAAUUUGGGAGGUAAGAGGGGUGUGUUUUAUAGUAGGAACGUAGCUUGCCUGGCUCGCUGGGGGCGGUGGCCCAUGUUAUUUAUGUUAUUAAAUAUUUUACCACAUUUUUUGCUUCGAAUUUUUUUUUCCAAUUUUCCUCUGAAACCUAAGUGCGUCUUAUGGUCCGAAAAGUCGGUAUUAAAUCAAUGAAACCAGGACUCGGUUUUCAUCCGUGGAACUCUGCAACCUGCUUCUUUUUUCCAUAUGAGCUUGUUUUCUGCUCUACUGAACGUCUUUUUUUUUCCACAGUAUUCUAGUUUCUGAUUGAACUAGAGCCCUGCUCAGUGCCUCUCCAGAAGCAGCAGACGACUCUCACGCUCUGUGACCCCCGAGGCUGUCACGCGCAGCCCCGCAAGUUCUCGCUCAGAAACAACCGCUGACCGAGGCAGCCUCUCCGGCUCUCGUGCUGCUCCCAACAGGCGUCCCCUCCCCGGCAGUGAGCUGUUGUGCAGUUCGCCCUGGAUGCACGGCUGCCGAAGAGGAGGGGCCCCUGCAGGCACGGCCUCCAGGGAACAAAGUCUUCCCCCGUUCCGGGGACGGCAGGGACGGGGUAGAGCCGACGGAGCCGGUUCACUGCUGCCUUCGUUCUUCUGUGCACCCGUGUGUCCUAGCCCUCGCUCCGUGCCGCCGCUGUCACUGCUUCUCCCUCAUUGCACCCGGGAAGCAGUUAGAAAGGUCUAAGGAGAAAAUGACACCACUUCAUGGCGGUCGUUGUGUUCAGAGGCCUUUUGCGGGAAAAUCUUUAAACAAGACUUUAUCCACAACAAAAGGAAUAACCUUCUCCUCACCCCCACCCCCCCGACUAAAAAAUGUUUGGCAACUUUUGUGUUUACAUUUAAAAAUCAUUUGCACCUUUACAAGGAAAAAAAUAAGUAUUUGGUAAACAAUUGUUUACGUGUAUCAUUUAUGCUUUUUUCUAGCAUGUAUAACUUUUUAAAAUAAAGAUAGUACUUACCAUAAACAUUUUUAAUGUUUGUAUCUUUGCUGUUUAGAUUUUCUGUGUCUAUAUCACUUAUGUUUCUUUUGUGUAAAGUUGUAAGUACUUCCACAAACCUGAAGGAAUAAAGGGACCGCCAGCUAGAGUUCUAUUUUAUAUAAAAAGUUUAAUAUAUAACAUGUUAAUGCUUAUAUGAAUGUUUCUUUUAUACAUUGGUUAUGAAUGUUUACUAUAACAUUUCCUAAGCACCAAACUUACUUCCCGGGACAGGACUCAGAAUCGUAGGGUUUGGGGCUGGAAGGACGCAGCAGUCAGCCGGCCCACACCCGCUCGUUUCUCUGCUCUAAGGUGGAAACCCAGAAGCCCCCAGAGUAAACAGACAGUGACGAAGCACCGGUAGAAACCAGUGGCCCAGACGCCCCCUCCAUUCCUCUUCCUCUGCCCCGCUGCCACCGCAGGCCCACCCGAAACCGGUACACUAACCUUAAGUAGCCAGGUUAGUUACAUUGAAAAACUAAAUAUUUUCGAGAUUCUUACAGUACCAUCAUUAACAGCCAGGCUUCAAGGCAAAAUCACAUACUUCUCAUGGCUCUAGUGUUACCUAUGUUGGGAGAAAAGGAGGAGACUAACAAGAACAAAAUUCUAGGGAUGAGACUCUGCACAAACGGGUCCCCAGUGGGAGCAUUCACGUGGCCGCGAUCCAUGAACAGACCCAGGAACUGCACAACUGGCCAAAGCGUUUGGUGAAGUCAGUUUUCACCGAGUGAAAUAAACACACUGCCGUGAAACGACGUUUCGUUAACUCAUUUGCACAGUGAUUCCGCCACUCUGUACCUGGACCCCCGGGAAGCGUCCUUCUCAGAGUUGCCCACACCGAGCCUGCAGCGCUCCAGCAGGCACGGCUCCGGUCUGCUCACCUGGCGCCCGUGUGGUGCGUGCGGUCUCUGCCCCGGAAGCCGUGGCUCCCUGCGCUCGCCUGUCUCCCCGGCCGGGCUCGGGGCCAGCAGUCCGCCCUGGGUCGUCUCUCCUGGGGAUCUAGGAAGACUUGUUUAUUUUUCCAUCUGUUCACCUGUUUACUUGUGGCUAGGACAGGAUGGCAACUUCAAAAAUCCUUCCAUAAGACACUGGAAACCAGAAGUGGAGUGUAGUUUUGAGUAAAAACAAAAACUGAAUCGUCUCAACAGAUGCAGAAAAAGAAAUUUGACAACGUUCAACAUCUACCCAUAACAAAACCCCCUCAACAAAUUAGGAAUAGCAGAGUGCCACUUUAAGCUGAUAAAGGCACUUAUGAGACACCUACUUAACAUCCUAUUUGAAUGCUUUCUUGUUAAGAUCAGGAACAAGAUGCAGAUUCUCAUCACUUCUAUUUCUUCUAAUACUGAGAUUCUAGGCAAAGCAAUUUAGCAUGAAAAAAGAAAUAUGCAUUCAGAUUGAAAUUAAGAAGUAAAACUCUUUAUUCACAAACGACACCAAUUUUGUAUAUAGAAAAUAUACGGAAUUCACCGAAAACACUAGCGUGAAGAAGUUCAGCAAGGUCACAGGACACAAAAGCAAUAUACAAAAUCAAUUGCACUUCUGCGCAUCAGUAACAAACAGUCCAAAAUAAGGAAACAAGUCUAAGUAGCAUAAAAAAGUAAUAUUUAGGAGUAAAUUUAAUAAAAUGCAAUCCUUGUAUGCUGAAAACUAUAAAACACAGUUGAAGGAAACUUUGAAAGAUUUCAAUAAAUGGAAAGGUAUCCCAUGUUCAUAGAUUGGAAAACUUAAUAAAAUUAUGAUGAUACUCCCCAAAUGUAUUUACAGAUUUAAAACAAUCACUAUCAAUAUCCCAGUUAACUGAUUUAUAGAAGUUGACCAACAAAUGCUAAAAUUUUUAUAAAAAUGAAGAAGACCCAGAAUGGCCAAAACAUUCUUGAAAAAAGAAUAAAGGUAGAAAAGCAUACCUUCUGAUUUUAAAACGCACCACAAGUCUACAGUAAUCAGGCAGUGUAAUGGUGGCAUACAGACUGAUAUAGAUCAAUUAAAUAGAAUGGAGAAUCCAGAAGUAAAUAUCCGUAGCCAACUGGCUUCUAAGACAGGUAACACAAUUCAUUGGGAAAAUUAUCUUUUCAGUAAAUGGUGAUGGAACAAAUGAGUAUCCACAUGCCCAGUGAUGAGUUUGGAUGCUCACCUCACACCAUACAUAAAAAGUAACCCAAAGUGGAUUACAGACCUAAAUUUAAGGGUAAAAUGACAGAAUCCUUAGAAGAAAACAUAACAGUAAAUCUUCAGGACUUAAGGUUAAGCAAUGAUUUUUUAGAUAAAACCCCAAAAGGACAAUAAGUUGAAAAAACUGAUAAACUGGACUUCAUCAAAACUUAGAACUUCUGCAUUUCUAAAAUAAAUGAGUUCAGUCUGAUACUUCCAAUUCAAAUUUAAUAAUAUAGUUUGUACUUAGCCUACCUGACUUUACAAUUUGUGUAUCUUUUCUCUUACACUGUAUAUCUGGUUCCA